GAACGGAGACUCAGACCGGAGACCGACACCGGAGACCUGCCGCUGCACCGCACCGAUGACCGACAACGAGCGCGCGGCCAGAAACCUCAAACACGUCCUGCAGAAACCGGGGAACGGCAGCUGCGCGGACUGCGGAGCCGACAAUCCAGAAUGGGGCUCUUGUUCUCUGGGCGUCUUCAUCUGUCUGGCCUGCUCUGGUGUUCAUCGCAGUAUUCCCACAAUCGGGAAAGUCAAAUCCCUCCGACUGUCCCGCUGGGAGGAUUCAGAAGUUCAGUUCUUGUCGGAGUGUGGAAAUGACUUGAUGAAGGCCGUGUAUGAGGCUGCUGUUCCUGUUUAUUACUACAAACCCACACACAGAGACUGCCAGGUCCUGAAGGAGCAGUGGAUUCGAGCCAAGUACGAGAGGCAGGAGUUCACGGAGGUGGGAAAAAAGCUGACCUAUGAGGACGAGAGCAGAGAUGGCAUGCUAAUGAAGAGGGGGCGGGACAACGGGCAGUUCCUCAAUAGAAGAUUUGUCCUUUCUGUGAGGGAAGGCAUACUAAAGUACUACACUAAACUAGAUGCGAAGGAGCCGAAGGCGCUGAUGAAAGUGGACACACUCAAUGCCUGCUUCCAGCCGGAUAAGAUCGGGAACCCAAACGGCCUGCAGAUCACAUACAUCAAAGACAACAUCACACGCAACAUCUUCGUAUAUCACGACAGCAGCAAGGAGAUCGUGGACUGGUUUAAUUCCAUCCGUGCUGCUCAGCUGCAUUACCUGAAGGUGGCCUUUCCUGGAGCCACAGACGCUGAGCUCAAACCCAAACUCACACGCAGCUUCCUGAAAGAGGGAUACAUGGAGAAAACCGGCCCACGGCAAACAGAGGGCUUUAAGAAGCGCUGGUUCACUCUGGAUCAUCGACGACUCAUGUACUUUAAAGAUCCCCUGGAUGCGUUUGCUAAAGGCGAGGUGUUUCUGGGACACAGGGAUCACGGGUACCGCGUGACCAUCGGUCUGCCUGCCGGCUCUCACUGUAAUGGGGCGUGGCAGUUCGGCAUCACCAUAGAAACACCUGAACGCAGCUUUCUGUUCACCUGUGAGACGGACACUGAGCAGAAGGACUGGAUGAGCCACUUCAACACACUCAUCUGCACACCUAUGAGCCCGCAGGAGUACAGCGUGGAGGCGUACUUCAAACACAAACACUGACAGAGCUCAGCCUGCGGAUCCUCAGCACACACUCCACAUCUCUACACUAAGUGUCCGUUUGUACACUGCGUUAUGAAUUAUGUAUCGCUGAAUUAUGUAUCAUUAGAUCGUGAAACCCUCAAACACUCCCAUUGAACUUUUUUUUAAUGAUCUCCUAUAGCUGUGGUUCAGUCCUGGUUCUGGAGACCCAAACAUUUUCCUAUGACUCUCCUAUGUGGCACAUGCAGAUCAGGUCAUAGAGUUCUUAGUGUUUAAAUAAAGGAGAUUACAGAGCGUUGCUUCCCAGGCCCAGGAUUGAAAACCACUGUUCUAAACUGGCUGGAGCUUUGCUUUUGCACCAACUUCACUGAAUAAAGCAGGGGUUUCCAAUCUCUGUGCUGGAGGGCCAGCGUCCCUCAUAGUUUAGCUCUAAGUUCCUUCAACACACCAGCCUGGAAGUUUCUAGUAUACCUAAUAAGAGCUUGAUUAACUGGUUCAGGUGUGUUUAACUGGAGUUGCAACUAAAAUAUGUAGAACACCGGCCCUCCAGGAUCGAGUUUGGACACCCCGGGUUUAAAGCAGGGCAGCUCAACCCUGUUCCUAGAGAUCUACCUUCCUGCAAAGCUCAGCUCCAACCCUGAUCAAAGAUACAUGAAGCAAUUUAACAGGACCUGAACAGCACUUGAUAAUUACAGGCAGGUGUGUUUGAAAUGGGUAAAGGUCGAUCUUCAGGAACAAUGUUAAGCACCCCUAAAGCAUAAAGGCUCCAUCUAGUGGUGAGUUAUUUAUUGAUCGUCUGACCCAUUUAUUAAAGCAAAUGUUUAAGUGAUGGUAGGAAUAGUUCUGUCAGAAAUGAUCAAUCUGUCAUUCUGUAUUUCCCUCAUGCUGUUUUAAAGGUUAUGACUUACAUUGUUCAGUAUAAAUAUCUUAAUUUGUAAGCAGAAUCUUGCUGUUAUAUAAGUUGAUAUAGCUCUGAUUUUUUUUUCUUUGGCAAAAAUUGCCUUUAAUUUUAUUCUGUGGUGCAAACAGUCUUUAAAUUUGCAAUAAAAUGCAAAAAUAUUCACACCCCUGAUUUAUUUUAUGUUCCACAAUGGUUUGCAUUGGUUAUCUGCCAUAUAAUUCAUUCAUAUGAUUCCCCAUAUAAUGAACAGGCUUUCAUGGAAGUAUUUGCUUUGUAUUUUUUUCAUAAAUCUCAUUGGUUACUCUCAAACUCAAGUGUCACAUGACAGCUCAGUCUGAAUAUUUGAAUAUGCAUGGCCAUAAGUGAGCUGCAUAUGAUGCAAAGAAAUAAACAAAGCAACACGAGGGUCAGCAAAUGAUGCCAGAAUGAUCUUUUCCAUGAGGGAUUAAUGCAACUUUUUAAUAAAAGUAUUGAUCUAA